AUGAAAUCCUUGCUGGCACCACCCAUCGCUGCAGUUCGCGACGGUCCCACCUCGGUCCCAACUGCUGCCUCCACCGCGCCGUUUCGAGCGCGUACGCAAAUGCACCGCAACUACACUCGUGAUUUGUGUCACUUUGGCCCGACUAUAGUUCCUAGUGGUCAACCUGACAGCGUCAGUGAUACGGUACGAUCUGCAAGCACGGAUAAAAACGCUGAAUUUGUUUAUAAUUCGGUAAGACACAGGAAACUCCAUCUCCACCUUGACUCGGAGGCGAUGGGAACGCGUCGAAAUGAGAUCAACUUCACCGUUCCGAAGGCAGAUCACUCUCGGGACGCAGGGAGCAGAAGGAAUCUUGAGGCAUUGGGAUUUACGGUCAUCCUGGUGAGCUCCCAUACACCUAGGCUACAUAUGGGAACAUUUCUGCUGCAAACACGGACGUGGGGACAAGAAACGCAGUCUGACUGCAUCAGUUCAAACCAACCUCCUAUUGCCGCAGAAAACUCGCUGUUCCAUGGUUUUUUUUUUCGUUCACUACCAUCGAUCGAUUUCACUGAGCUCAUGGAAACAGUUUUCCUGUCACCAGAAUCCUCUAUACUGUCUGGAUCUUCCUUUCUACGUUCUGCAAGGAAAACGGCCUACUUUUUGAGCAGAAUGAGCGUGUUAGUAACAGGAAUUGAGAUGGUCUAG